CCCUCCCCCUCAAGCGACUGGCCAAGAAUGGCCCCUGGCAGUCUUUGGCGGAAAUUGUUUGGACAAGGGAAUGGAGCGGCGCCGGGCGAGAUGGGCCCUCUUAAGCAGGAUGACCAGCCAGGAGACAAUGAGCCGCGGCCAGGGCUCAUCCGCAGGGUGUCACGGAAGGUCGUGCCUGGCCUGCCCAGGACGCAGACAUUCAAGAGGCAGCAAGCCGAGGUUCGCAACAAUCUCGAGCCUGUUGAACCGACACCUGCCGAGAGACGCGCCGUGUCUGUCGAUAGACGACUUCACACCUCGCAGGUAUCUCCUGAUGUCUCGUCAAACCCACGAACUAGCGCUCCUGAUUUCAACAGAAACAAUGUGUUCAACGCAACGGUCUCUGCACCUUCCACCACAGGAAGUGUGUAUGAAGAAAAGCUGUUCGACACUAUAGGCGAAUUCAGUGUGCGCGAGGAAGCGGUUGACGAGGAGGUGCCUGGACAGCCACAAGAGACAGAGUCCUUGCCCGAUGAUGCGGCGUCCAUGACGACCUCUCAGUACGACAACAUGAUCCACGAGGAGCUGGAGAGGAUAUGGAUCCUCAAUCUCUCGAUGCAUUUCCGGGACAAGUCGAAGAGAGAGAAAUUUUUCGUCACAUACCGGGAAAACGAAAUGCACUGGCGGAGGGUGACAAUCUCGCUAGACUAUCGCGGUGCGCCGGAUAACUCUCUCGAGAUGGACCUAAUGCAUACCAGAUUUCAGCGAGACAAAAGCGCCAAAAUCUAUGAAGCCAUCCGGGAAAGCCUCGGUGACAUCCAGUUCUACGAGACUGUCACAAACCUCAAGCUCCAGACUACGGAUGGGAGAUUGCACGUGCAUGUAGUUGAAGACGUCAAUGAAAUCAUUCCAUACCCUACAGCUCGUAUGGUUCAACACUUGAUGUGCAGACGAGUCAGGGAGAGUGAUAUCAAGUUCGAGGCUCAUAUGUCUGGCUUUGUGUACAAAGUCAGCGUCAAUGGCGAGACGUUGAUCAAGAAGGAGAUUCCUGGGCCCGACACUGUCGAUGAGUUUCUUUACGAGAUCAACGCCCUCAACCAGCUGUGCACUUCUCGAAAUGUCAUCCAUUUCUACGGAGUCAUAGUCGACGAUCAUGGGCAGCACGUCAAAGGCCUUCUUAUCAGCUAUGCCGAACAGGGUGCCUUGAUCGAUGUCAUUUAUGACCACAACCAUGGUCUUCCGUGGAUUCGUCGACAAAAAUGGGCGCGGCAGAUCGUGGAGGGGCUGUCUGAAAUCCACGAGGCUGGCUUUGUCCAGGGUGAUUUUACACUCUCGAAUAUUGUCGUAGACCACAACGACGACGCCAAGAUUAUAGACAUCAACCGGCGAGGAUGUCCCGUUGGCUGGGAACCACCGGAAGCGACUCCCCUGAUCGAAAGCAACCAGCGCAUUUCCAUGUAUAUCGGAGUCAAAUCGGAUCUAUAUCAGCUUGGGAUGGUCUUGUGGGCCUUGGCAGAGCAGGAAGACGAGCCUGAGGCCCAGGGACGCCCACUGAUACUGAGCGAGGAGAUGGAGCUUCCGAAUUGGUACAAGGCAGUCGUCAGACUCUGUCUGGCCGAGAACCCACAACAUCGGCUGUCCGCGACCGAGUUGCUGCGGCUUUUCCCAUCCUUGCAAGAAGCAGAAUUGGACGUCUCUCAUGGCCACCAGUCAUCGGUGUCUGUUGACGAUGGCUUUUCGGUGCAGGACUUUCUGGUUAGUGAGCAUGACAUUGGCGGCGCUCAAGUGAUCAGGACUGUGGAUAUGCCGUCGGAUUGGAACUAUAAAACAAGUCCUGGUCAUUCUCACCUCGAAGCACCUAUCGCCUUCUCGACGGGGCCGUACUACUACCCCUCGAGAGGGCGAUCUCCUCCAAGCCCCCUCCCAAACAGCCUUGAAUAUCGUGGGGCUCGAUGGGCUCAGCAAGGAGGUUUUUGGCCGCCUCCGAGUGGUGGGCCCAGCUUCGAGGAGAAGAGGUCACCGCCAGGUCUUGGCUCUGCUCCUGAAGCGACGGUCACGAGCAAUCAUGAGCAGGAACAUGAGCC